AUGGUGGGUAAAAAAGAAAGCAGAAGUGUUGAUGAACUACAUCUCAACAAAGUCAAAGAGUUGGUGUUUGAAGGUAAAAAGGAUGAAUGCUUGAUUUGUAAAGUUCCUUGUCGUACAGUUUUACUUUCCAAGCAUACUGACUCAGACAUCCAGGCCUUCUUUGUGGGCAUAGAUAGUCUGUGUAAGAAGUACUCCAGAGAAACCUCCCAGAUUUCAGAAUUUCAAGAAAAACACAGGAAGAGAUUGUUAGCCUUCUACAGAGAAAAGAUUUCUAAGUUGGAAGAAUCCCUCAGGAAGGCAACGCUGCAAAUAGAACAGCUGCAAAGUAUGAGAUCGUCACAACAGGCAGCUUUCAGCACACUAAAAAAUUCAGUUUCAACAAAGCCGCGUGUUCAUCCGCUGCAGCCACCUCGCUCUUCAGCCCCAGACAGGUUGGAAUCGAUGGAAGUUGAUCUUACUCCUUCCCCAAUGAGAAAACCUGAGGUAGCAGCUGGCCCUGCAAGAAUCUCCUUGAUUAGUCCACCCCAAGAUGGACGCAUGGGUAAGUUCACCGUUUUUGUGCAUAGACUUUUGUCUUCACUGGAUUCUCCUAUUAGCAUACAUUUCUAG